CCCCGCCCCCGCUCCGUGGCAGGGUGAGCAGAAGGCGCUGCAGCAGCCACCCAGAGCAGGCCGACCAGCCGAGCAGCACCGAGGGCCCCGGGCAGAGAUGGGCCUGGCGAUGGAGCACGGAGGCGCCUACUCGCGGGCAGGGGGCAGCCCGAGGGGCUGCUGGUACUACCUGCGCUACUUUUUCCUCUUUGUGUCGCUCAUCCAGUUCCUCAUCAUCCUGGGCCUCGUCCUCUUCAUGGUCUACGGCAACGUGCACGUGAGCACAGAAUCCAACCUGCAGGCCACCGAGCGCCGGGCGGAGGGCCUGUACAGCCAGGUCAUGGGGCUCACGGCCUCCCAGGCCAACCUGUCCAAGGAGCUCAACCUCACCUCCCGCGCCAAGGACACCAUCAUGCAGUUGCUGCUGAAUACCCGCCGCGACCUGGACCGGAUCAAUGCCAGCUUCCGCCAGUGCCAGGCUGAUCGGGUGAGCUACAUGAACAACCAGCGGUACAUGGUGGCCAUCAUCUUGAGCGAGAAGCAAUGCCAAGAACAACUCAAGGAGACUAACAAGAGCAGCAAUGCCUUGCUUCUCAUGCUGAACCAGAAGGCCAAGACGCUGGAGGUGGAGGUGGCAAAGGAGAAGGAAGUGUGCACCAAAGACAAGGAGGGGCUGGUGCUGAAAAAGCGAAUGGUGGAGGAGCAGCUGACCGAGUGUGGCAAGGCCCAGGAGCAGCAGCGGCAGGAGCGACAGCUGGCCGAGGACCGCCUGCAGAAGGUGCAGGCCCUCUGCCUCCCACUGGACAAGGACAAGUUUGAGAUGGAGCUGCGCAACCUCUGGAGGGACUCCAUUAUCCCACGCACCCUGGACACGAUGGGCUAUAAUCUGUACCAUCCUCUCGGCUCGGAAAUAACCGCCAUCCGGAGAAGCUGCGACCACAUGCCCACCCUCAUGACCACCAAGGUGGAGGAGCUAGCCCGGAGCCUGCGGGCCGGCAUAGAGCGCGUGGCCCGCGAGAACUCGGACAUCCAGCGCCAGAAGCUGGAGGUCGAGCAGGGCCUGCGGGCCAGUCAGGAGGCCAAGGAGAAGGUGGAGAAGGAGGCCCAGGCCCGGGAGGCCAAGCUCCAGGCCGAAUGCGCCCGGCAGACACAGCUAGCCCUGGAGGAGAAGGCAGCACUGCGGAAGGAGCGAGACAGCCUGGCGAAGUUGCUGGAGGAGAAGAAGCAGGAGGCAGAGCAGCUCAAAAUGCAACUGGCCGUCAGCAACUCCGCCCUGGACACCUGCAUCAAGGCCAAGUCGCAGCCGAUGCCUAUACCAAGACCUGUUGGCCCUGCCCCCAACCCCCAGCCCAUCGACCCAGCUGGCCUGGAGGAGUUCAAGAGAAGGAUCCUGGAGUCCCAGAAGCCCCCUGCAGGCAAUGCUAUAGCUCCAUCCAGCGGCUGAGGAGGCUCCAGGCCCUGAGGACCAAGGUGUGGCCCCGCCUGGCCAGUCUGCGGACUCGGGGCAGCGAGAUGCCCACGGCGCAGCCUGCAGCCAGGGCCCCGGCCGGCCGAACGCCCGCGCGCACGCCCGAGUGGCUGCCCUUGGCCUCUGCCGCACGCCCGUCCCUCCCCACACCCCACGACGCCCCUGAUACUCUCACAGCCCCUCGCCCACAGACAUGGCAGUGACAUCCACAGACAUAGCAGUGACGUCACACACACGCGCCUUCUGCCCAGCCCUUGCCCCAUGUCGUACCCCUCCCAGGCACUCAGCAUCCCCCCGUCUGCACACCCCCGUGCCCCCGCCACAGCGCCCUCCGAUUUUCUCGUCUUCGGACUCCUCACCCCCAGUGUGCGGGGCCUAGGGGAAGUGGGAAUGGGAAGACAGCCUCCGGUCCCCCCGGGAGAGUCUCCAGGCUCCCCUGCCAGGCCGCACCCGAACCCAGAGCAAAUGUCCCCCGCUGACCCCAUCAUAGCCCACAAUUGAUGUGAACAGCAGCUGCCUCUCGUUCCUCUCCCCCCACACCCAGCCCUGCCCCUGGCCCCUAUAAAUGUUAGUGGCACUAAAUAAAUAUUGAAUCCUU